AUGAAGGGUAUCAUGAGAUUCGGGAUGAGAGGCAAGUUGAUUCUGAGGUUCAUCGGUCAGUUUGAGGUUUUGGAGCGAGUUGGUGAGGUUACAUGCAGGCUUGCUUUACCUUCUAGCUUAUCAGGAGUUCAUCCGGAUCCCAUUUGGUAUUCUGAGCACGGGAAUAGAAAUUCUGGAGGGGUAGCUGCUGCUCUUCGCGAACACGAGGAAUUCCCCGCAAAUGCGAUGGAGGACCUCGCUCCACUUCACGAAUGCAAAGGAGACUACGUGAACACGAAUAACGAAGAGGAAUGGAAGGGGCAGGAAAGCUUGGACUUCGCGAACGGGGCAGGGGAGACCGCAAAUGUGGAGGGUUGGGGACCAUGGCCUCCAUGA